GCGCUUGAGCGUUGAAGCCUUUGCGCAUGGCCUGGCAGGACGCAAAAUGCUGAAAACAACUGCGCAGUACUGACAGACAACACGCCUGAAUCGAACGAGCAUCUGUGCGGCAGCGAUCAUGGAUGCAGCUGGUGGCACUGCACCCUCUCCAGCCUCUCCAGCACGAGCAGGAGCCGCAUCGAUGCAGCAGGCGCCACCCGUGGCUGCAAGCGACGCGCCGCCAGCGCAAGCGACGGCCUCGUCGCCGGCGCCGCAAGCACUCCCACCGACGGCGCCGACGGCGCCGCGCGCGCGACCGAUGGACGCCACGGCACGUCCAGGCUCCCUGGAGCGCUACUAUUCUACUGUAAACACAAGGGACACCGUCGUCUGCUGCGCGCCCAACAAGGUUUGUGUUGUGUACGUGCGCCCGGACCACGACUGCUUCGGCGACGGUCGGAAAGUCGCUUCCAUAACCUUCGCCGACCGCCUCGCGUCGGCGCAGAUCUCGGGGAAGCGCAAGCGCGGCGCGGCCGAGGUCGCGCCCGACGAGAAGGUUUUGACCAUAAAAUGCGACGACGGCGCCCAAUUUGCUUUACGGCCGGGCGUGCGCGGCCGCGUCCUCGAGCUCGGGGCGCGCUUGACUCAUUCUGACUUGUUGACGCGCGCGGGUUAUGUCCUUAUCCUCCAGAGCUCGGCGAAGGAGGUCGCGCGGUUAGUUGGAGAGGAGGCGCCUCGGUAG